GUAUGUCUCUCUAAUGAGAGGAGAAAUGAAAGCAGCGAGAAGGAAACAUGGCUCGGUACUCCAAAUGUGACACCAAAAGGUAAGAAUUCCCUCAAUAAUUUAUCUCAUCUUGAGCUUUUUAGACAUUAAUACUUCAUCCUCUGUCUUCAUCUGAGACAUUUGUGCUCUCUUUAACCCUCCAGAGCAGUAGUUUGAGUCUAUCUGUGCUGAGACGGGACAGUCUGUGGUGGCCUUUCAGGGGGGGAAUGUUAGCAGCAGCACUCCACUGAAUGUGUCACAGAGGUGUCAGCUGAGGUGCUCCGUGAAGAGAGAGGGUGUAUGACGGACAAGACAGAGCAGGAGGAAAUGCAAUUCAACCACACCACUGCUCAUAUUUCACCCACAAUUGGCAAACCUGGAUUUCCCGGGUACUCUGUCCUCAUCCUUUUCAUGGUGCUCACGCUGACAGGAUGUAUAGUGGCCGUGGUAAGAGCACUCCUCACUUCAGUGGUACUCUGUUUCAUUAUGGCUCUGUCUUCUAACGUGUUUUCAUUAUUCUCCUCUUCAGGUUGUUUAUAUCAGGAGGAGACAGAGGUCAGUUGAAUCUGAAUUUGAAGCAUCAGAUCAUUUUAUGUUUUAGUUUUUUCUCACAGCCAGGAUCUUGUUUGUUUUGCUGCAGAUUAGACGAUCUGCGUCACAGGCUGAUCCCCCUGUACAGCUACGACCCUGCAGAGGAACAAGACGACUGGGGGGAUGAAUAUAAAGAGGAUGAGGAGGGGCUGACUGUAAGAAGACUUUAAAAUAUACAAUAAACAAACAUUUCACAACAUCAGCGGGUGUUUAUGAAACUCAGACUUACACAGAACUAUUUUCUUUCAUAGGAACCUCUGUACAAGGAGGGGAAGCUCUUCUUGUCAGCUGAUUAUGGAACAUGAGCGGUAACUCAAGACGGACAGAGGAAUGUGAACAAGAAGAGGAAGAGGAGGAAAGAUCUUCCUCCUUGUUAUAAAAGAAGACGAAACAAAUAGACUGUCUGCUUCCUCAAAAUUAUAAAAGAGACAUAUAAAAAAUGACUCCCAGCAUCACAUCAGAUCAUUUCAUGUCCUCAAAUUGUUUUCCACACCGCCCAGCAGAUGGCACUCUCAUCCUUUCUUAUUUCUUUUUCUCCUCUUUUCUUCUUUUAGGGUCUGUAGCUACUAAAAGU